AUGCUGCAAGGUGCGCCGGCCCUAAGGGAAUUGGAUUUAUUAUUCUGCGGCUGCUUGGAAUCUCUAGAUCUGCAUUACUGCACGGCACUGGAAAGGGUGGAUGUUGUUGACUGUUGUUUGAUCGGGGAAGUCAAGGGCUUGCAUAAUUUGCAAUCCCUCAGAAAUUUCGAUCUAUCUAACAGCCAAUUUUUGAAAUCUCUAGAGCUGCAUACCUGCACGGCAGUGCAAGAGUUGAGUACUUGGACCUGUGGUUCGCUCAAGGUGCUAGAGGGCCUUGAAUCCCUCAGCAGCCUGAGGCGAUUGACAAUAUGCAAUGCAUUGGAGCUGUUGUCAGGGCAGCAGGGUUAUGAACAAUGCCCUAGACUGGAAGGUCUUAGAAUCGAUGACUUCAAUGCCCUUACCACAUCGUUCUUCCGCAAGCAACGCGCAUCACUCAAACGCCUAUGUAUUGUCCUAAGUAAAGCGGAGAGACUGACGGAAGAGCAAGAAAGUGAACUUCUGCUCCUCAGUUCCCUGGAAGAUCUUGAUUUCUCUAUUCUACCAUAUCUCGAAGAUCUUCCUGCGGGGCUACACAGCCAUCCUUCCCUCAAGAGGUUGGUGAUCAGCAGAUGUCCGAGAAUCUCGAGGCUUCCAGAAAAGGGCCUCCCGCCUUCUCUGGAAAAGUUGGAGACCCGGUUUUGCAGCGACGAGCUAAAUGAUCAAUGCAGAAUGCUGGCAUCAAGCAAGCUACGAGUCCAAACUCUUCCGCACAUGACCUGA